GAAAGAACCAAAGCAGUAGCUGAGGCUGCACAAAACCUCUGACUUGAUCUCCAGCCACUUUCACACCUAACCUUGAAGCUCCAAAUAAAAGAAUUAUAAACAAAAUUAUCAAACACACAAAAAAUCAAACCUUGACCAUUAUAUUCUCUUUAGCAUUCAUUCAACCACGACAACUUUUGUUGAAUAACAACAAAUGUAAUGUUAACGACAAGAAAGACCCAAAAAGACUUAAUCUUUUAUGGGACUUAAACCAAAAAAACAAAGAAAGUAAUCUAAAGCCUUGAGGGAAAGAUUGUAACUUGUAAGAAUGAGUAGUGCAAAGAAAGCUGCAGAAGCAGCUAUAGAAGCAAUUGGCUUGGGAUAUGAUCUGGGUUUUGAUUUAAGGCUUAAGUAUUGCAAGAAAAACUCACCAAGAUUGAUAGUGAUUAAUGAUGAUGAUAAGCACGUGCGUAAUAUGGUGAUUCCUGGUGGGUUUUCUCUUCCUAAUGUUCCUAAAUCUAUCAAAUGUGAUAAAGGCGAGCGUUUGAGGUUUAGCUCUGAUGUUCUUUCUUUUCAACAGAUGUCAGAGCAGUUUAACCAGGAACUAUCUCUUUCUGGAAAAAUUCCUUCGGGCCAUUUCAAUGCCGCGUUUGAAUUUGCAGGAGUUUGGCAGAAAGAUGCUGCCAAUACUAAAGCCCUUGCUUUUGAUGGUGUAAACAUCACACUUUACAGCAUUGCACUAGAGAAAUCGCAGGUUGUGCUAUGUGAUCAUGUUAAAGAAGCUGUACCGUCAUCUUGGGAACCUGCUGCAUUGGCAAGGUUUAUUGAGAAGUAUGGUACACACGCUAUUGUCGGCAUCAAAAUGGGGGGAAAGGACAUGAUAUAUAUGAAGCAGCAGCAUUCAUCACCUCUCCAACCUGUUGAUGUGCAGAAAAAAUUAAAGGACAUGGCUGACAAAAUGUUUAUAGAUGGUGGAAGGAGUACCAUGAACUCUGAUAAAUUUUAUGAUAGAGAAAAGCUUGUCAAGCAUCAGGAGCUGGCAUUCAUGGACCAAUUUCCAUCCAGCUCUUCUUCCCACACUGAGGAUAUUAAAUUCAUAAGUAAGCGUAAAGGUGGAAUGGUUAAAAACCUACCACACAAUGAGUGGUGUCAAACUGUUCAGUCUGAACCUGAUGUCAUCUCAAUGUCAUUUGUGCCAAUCACAUCAUUACUGAGUGGAAUCAACGGGAGUGGAUUUUUGACCCAUGCCAUUAAUCUCUAUAUCCGAUAUAAGCCACCAAUUGAAGAAUUACACCAGUUUUUGGAGUUUCAGCUUCCAAGGCAAUGGGCACCAGUAUUUGGUGAGCUUGCCCUUGGUCCUGACAGGAAGCAACAAAGUAAUGCAUCUUUGCAGUUCAGCCUAAUGGGUCCUAAGCUUUACGUUAAUACAUCACCAGUCAAUGUGGGGAAGAAGCCGGUUACUGGUCUUCGACUGUACUUGGAAGGGAAAAGAAGCAACUGCUUAGCAAUCCACUUGCAGCACCUUUCUUCACUGCCAAAGACCUUCCAACUUGCAGAUGAACGAAAUGGCAACAUCUCAGAUCCCUCCUCUGACCAAAGAUAUUAUGAGAAGUUGAAAUGGAAGAGUUUCUCGCAUAUCUGCACAGCCCCUGUUGAGUCAGAUGAUGAUCUCUCGAUUGUCACUGGAGCUGAGUUUGAAGUUGGAGAAUCUGGUUUGAAAAAAGUCCUAUUUUUGCGGCUCCAAUUUUCUAAAGUUAUGGGUGCCACAUCUUUUACGACGUCUGAAUGGGAUGGUUCCCCUGCCUUGAACCAGAAAUCCGGAAUAAUAUCCACAUUGAUCAGCACUCGUUUCUCAAGUGCUCAAAAACAGCCUCCACCACAACCUGUCGUGAACAUAAACUCAGCUGUGUACCCUGGAGGCCCACCAGUUGCUGCGCAGACCCCUAAACUUUUGAAGCUCGUUGACACAACAGAGAUUACUAGAGGACCACAAGACUCACCUGGAUACUGGGUUGUAUCUGGGGCAAAGCUUAAUGUAGACAACGGAAAAAUCUCUCUUCGAGUCAAGUACUCUCUACUGCCUUCGGUUUCACCGGAUGAUGAUGUAUCGAUAGAGAUGUAGCUUAUUAUUUUGAAAUGGGAGGGCGAAAGAAAGGAACGUUUGAUACAGGAAAAAAUUGGUUUACAGGGUUUCAGACCGGGCUUGUAUUUAUAGGGGUAAGAAUCUGUAUGAGAAAUUCAACGGCGGUGGUAGUUCACUGAUAUCCUAUUCUAUUGUGUAAUUUCUGUAGAGUUCUCAUGUUAUUUGUGAAUAUAUGAAUACCGUCUUGUUUGAUAGAAAAUAA